UGCACAUUCGGUUGUCAGUUAUUACAAUACAAAUAAAUGUGUCGAUUUUUAUUUUACAUUGCUACUUCAAAGUACUGAUUGACGUGGAUUUAAUAGAAAAAACAAUGAAUGCCUCUGCCGCUUUCAAAAUAGUGGAAAUUUUGCAAAAUGCGUUCAGAAUAGUGGCAUAUUUGCACCUCGCCGAUUAUUUAUGGCCACAUCAAGCUGUCGUUCGUGAUGGAGCUAGUUACGACUUCAUAGUGGUCGGCGGUGGGACAGCAGGAAGCGUCAUUGCCAACAGACUCUCAGAAAUCGAGCACAUCAAUGUUCUGCUCAUCGAAGCUGGUGGAAAUCCACCUUUCGAAUCAGAUCUUCCUGCGCUUCCAAUUUUGAUGCAAAGAUCUCGCUACGACUGGAACUACACAGCAGAGCUCGAUGGAUUUGACGAAUCUUGUCGUCUUAUUCCUUCUUACGAAAUAAUUCUGGGGAAAAUGUUGGGCGGUACCAGCUCCAUGCAUUACAUGAGUUAUUAUAGAGGACAUCCGACUGAUUACGACUCUUGGGCUGAAAUAGCCACUGAUGCUACAUGGAAGUGGGAAAAUGUUUUACCAUAUUUUAUAAAAUCUAUUAAACUGAAGGAUGCACAAAUUCUUCAGUCAGCUGACAAAAAGUAUUACGGAACUGAUGGAUUACUACAAUUAACUAAAGACCACCGUGAAGGAAUAGAUGUAUUCCUAGAUGCCUACCGAGAACUUGGACAUGAUAUAGUUCUUGACUUCAAUGAAAAGAACACAUUAGGGUUUUCUGGACAGAUGUUGAUGAUAGCUGGUAGAUCCCGCCAAAGUUCAGCUUAUGCAUUCUUAUCGCCUAUUAAAACUCGGCAUAAUCUUCACGUAUUGAAAAAUACAUUAGUAACUAAAAUUUUGUUUGAUGAAAAUAAAAAAGCUAUCGGCGUAGAAGUUCUUACUGAAGAUCGUAAAACGAUGACAUUGAAAGCUAAAAAAGAAGUCAUUGUAUCCGCUGGAGUAAUCAAUACGCCUAAACUGUUAAUGUUAUCUGGUGUCGGGCCAGAGGAACAUUUGAACCUGAAAAAUAUUGAAGUUGUUUCAAAUUUACCUGUAGGAGAAAAUCUUCAGGAGCAUAUUGCUACUAUUGUAGUCCUCAAUAUGGAAACAUUGACUGAUCCACCAGUACCGAGUCCUUACCAACUACCCGGAUUCUCAUUCACUGGCUUUAUUUCAGUCAACCAAUCAUCUGACGUUCCUGAUUACCAGCAAAUGACAUAUGUAACUACGCCUGAGACUGUAAUGUACUACUGUACUUUUGCAUUUAAAUUAAGCGAUGAAGUUUGUGAUAACAUCUUUAAACAAAAUCUAAAAAGAAUUCAAGCGUUUACUGAAGUAAUCAAUAUCAGUCCAAAAUCACGAGGAAAAGUCCUCUUAAAAAGUACUAAUCCUGAAGACCCUCCGCUUAUUAACACUGGCUUCUUUUCAAAUAAAGAUGAUAUAGAAGAUCUUGUAGAUUAUGUAUUAGAUUAUCUUCACGUGUUGAAUACGACGUAUUUUAUGAACGUUAGUGCAGAGAUAGCAGAACCAAUUCCUCGGUGUAAUAAAUUUGAGAAAGAGACUAGAGAAUACUGGCGGUGUUACAUUACUUGUGUUUCUGUUGGGCUUAAUCAACUCACUAGUACAUGUCCCAUGGGCACUGUCGUCGAUGGUAGAUUACGCGUUCAUGGUGUGAAAGAUCUGCGUAUAGCUGAUGCUAGUGUGAUGCCAACAAUUACUAGAGGAAAUCCAACGGCUGCUAUUAUAAUGAUUGCUGAAAGAGCAUCCGAUAUGAUAAAAGAGGAUCAUAAUUUGAUUUGAAUUUUGUAUUGGAUUUAACAGAUAUUUUGAAGGUCAGGAGCCCAUAGCACAGGUUAUCCUAGUUUGGGUUCCUGACUUCCAUCAUCGCAUUGUCACUUAAAUUACGCAAAAUCAUGUAGAACCUUAUCUCACAACUUUGUCAAUAUUAUAAGACUAGUAUUAAGGUCUCCAUCACUAUGCAAUAUGAUAGACAAAUAAAUAAAAUUUUAAAUAAAAAAAAAUGAAAAUAAAAUGUAAGUAAUUAACAAAUAAAUUUGAUGUCUUAUUAUAUUAUUAUCUGUAAUGCAACUUAUGAUAGUUUACUCAGGUAUUUGUUGCACUCAUCAUUUAUAGCCUGAGUGACACUUUGUGUAUCA